GUUAAUAUGUCGUUGUCGCAUGAUAAUCGCACUGCUUAUCCUAAAGUUAUCGAUACAUUCAAUGUAACAAAGCAGAAACUGAAAAAAGUCAAUUGCAAAUCGAAUUUAAUUAGUAGGGAUACGUGAUUGAAAUAAAACACAAUUUACCCACUGACGAGAUGAUUCACAAAGUUAAUUUAGCAUAGGGCAACAGAAUACAAAUCACCAUGUUCCUAAAAAAAUGCUAAACUUCACGAAGGCAGUCGGUUAAAAACAAUUCUAAUGUGAACCUUUUUUCAACUGUUUGUUUUACAACUCUUACUGGAUGUGUGACAAAACGUCUACAUAAACCACCUUUAAAAUCAGUUUGACCCCUUGCUUUUUCUGAGCCCUUUUGCCACCACGGUUUUUUUUUCUUUUUACUUUUUGUAAAGAGGCAAACUUCAUGUCGUCAUUCGUAUUUCUUUCCAGCAUCAAACAACAUUAUAUAGACUAGCGUUUACACUAGUCUAUUGCGAACGUCUAGUUUUCUGCAGAUGCAUUGUGAAUACAUGUUGGGUAUUAUGGGAUGUAAAUAAAAAGAUUCCGUGGUAUUUUCGAGGGUUUACCGAUUGAUAGUCUCCGAUUACACCAACAGUAAUUCCCAGGCCACCCUUAAGGAAUGAGACCACGUGACAGAGCGGGGCGGUCGAACUACGAGCCAUUUUGGGGACGGUGUCAGUUUCCACUGAACCUUCAGUUCAGCAUUGCAUUUUUCAAAAAACUGAAUUAAAGACGAGCUACAGCGAUGCACAGUGUGAUCACUGGAAUCCAACAGACAUAGCUCAAAAUAUUAGGUUCCUUCAUGCUAUUAAGGUACAUGCAGCACUGCCUGGGAGAUAAAGAAUGGAUUUUGUGCAACUAAAAUGAGAUCAGUGCUGCUAUACGCUUAUUGCAAUUGACAGCGUCUGCAGUUCAUUUCAAGAUGGCCGCUUGGCUUGCAUUCACUUUCUGCUGAUCGACUUUUAACUUUCAUUGUCUUUCCACCGCCUGUCUCUGCGACCAGCUUCACAGUCCCUGGGACUCCACGUUAUAUACAGGAUAAUGCAUCGGACAACGAGAAUAAAAAUCACUGAGCUGAACCCGCAUUUAAUGUGUGUGCUCUGUGGUGGAUACUUCAUAGAUGCAUCAACCAUAAUAGAAUGUCUGCACUCAUUUUGUAAAACCUGCAUUGUCCAGUAUUUGGAAACCAGCAAGUUCUGUCCUAUUUGUGAUGACCAGGUUCAUAAAACUAAACCGCUUCAUAAUAUUAGGUCCGAUAAAACUCUCCAAGACAUUGUGUACAAGUUGGUUCCUGGUCUUUUCAAAAAUGAAAUGAAACGAAGGAGGGAUUUCUAUGCUGAUCACCCUUUAGCUGAUGCUACAAAUGGAUCUAAUGAAGAUAGAGGAGAAGUUUCAGAUGAAGACAAAAGAAUUAUUACAGAUGAUGAAAUCAUAAGUUUGUCCAUUGAGUUCUUUGAUCAAAAUAAGGAUGAAAACCAAGGUGUUGCACAAAAAGAGAAAAUGGAGGUGAAUAAGAGGUAUUUGCGAUGUCCUGCAGCAAUGACAGUGAUGCAUUUAAGAAAAUUUCUGAGGAGUAAGAUGGAUAUCCCAAGUACCUUUCAGAUUGAAGUCAUGUAUGAAGAGGAGCCAUUAAAAGAUUAUUACACACUCAUGGACAUUGCCUACAUUUAUACAUGGAGACGGAAUGGACCACUCCCUUUAAAGUACAGGGUCCGUCAAAGCUGUAAAAAGAUUAAGCUAAACAACCCGCAAGAUGGAUUAAACAGCACAGGUGCUGAACUGGAGAGUGACAGCGGCAGUGACAAGACCAAUAGCCCAGCUGGAGUUCCAUCCACCUCGUCGUCUUUGCCAAGCCCCAGCACCCCGGUCCAGUCUCCACAUCCACACUUCCUUCACAUCUCCAGCACCAUGAAUGGAACCUCCACCAACCCCAGCACCAAUCGCCAGCCACCUUUUUCCAAACCAGCUCGACAAACAGCCAUUAACGGAUCUUCAGCAUCUUCAGGGUGAUCCUCCUGUGGACAAGGCGACCUAGCUGAGAACACUUGAUUCCUUAGGUCUUUCCAUGCCAUUGCAGCUCUAUAGUAGAAGCUUUUAUAUUUGUGACCGUUUCUAGUGGAAGAUGCAUACUGGAUACUAACGUAUGGACAUUUCCACAUUUGUACUUGCUAUGACUUCAACUUUUUUAUUUUUUAUUUUUUGCAGUACAGUAAAUAACCUUUGAGGACAUUUUAACAGUUUCUGCAGAUGAUGAAAAUAUCAGAAAGCUUCUGAUUUUUAUUUGGAUAGACAUAUAUUUUAAUUUUUCUACUGGAAAAGGAGAAACUAUGGAAUAUCCUUUUUGUACAAUGUGCUUUUUCCCCUGGUUGAACCACUUUAACCCACAUUUUGAUUUGCUUUAAUUGUUAAAUGUGUUUUGUUUCUAUACUGUAAACCUGGGUCCAUGCUUUUCUUCAGAAUAAACCCCAUAAUGAGAAGCAUGUAAGUGGACGUAGAAUGUUCUAUUCUAUGAAGUCAUGUCACUCUGGAACCCACUCUGGAAUUGGACAAUUGUAUAAAACAAUGUACAAUCCUUAAGCUAAAAGGGGGUAAUAACAGUGAUUUUAAAGCAAAUUGGUAACGACAUGGUUCAAAAGUAUCAGAUGACACAUAGUUCACUACAUUGCCAUAUUGGUAUAUAUCUGAAUUAGGGGCAGUAUUAUAAGAUAUAUUUAUAGAUUGUAUAAAAGAAGAUUUUCAUUCUGACAGACAUGCUCAGAUGUUGCUAUAAAACAGGCUAUUUCAUUUUCAAUAAGCUAUUUUCUUUUAACGUUCGUGGAAAGUAACAUUAAGCUUGUAUGAUGCUCCACUUGGGUUUGGCCAACGCAGAGCAUAAUCUAAUUUGCAUCCUAUUUAGGAAAAAAGAACGACGUCCAUUCUGCACACGUCAAUUGAACCAUUUCAUUUAAAGGAAAAAGUGUUUUGUGGUUGUGUGUAUCCCACAGUGUUAUAUAUUGAAUAGCUGUAUUGGUCUUUGCAUGUGUAAUUACUGUGUUGUUACUGUUGCACAUUAUAAAAUCUAUCUAAAUAAACAAUUAGAAUACUUUU